CGCUUCCCAACCCAAAACGCCAAACACAAUCCUGAAUCUGAGUCCUCUUCCUUCCGCCGAUUAUUUCCCAGCUCUAGAGUCUCAGAAUCUUCAAGGAGUUGUAGUGGGGAGAUACCAGAAAUCUAAACAAUGGGUUAUACCAAAGAUCAGCUACUCCAACGUCUACAGGAGCUCCAAAUUGAUUUUGUUCGGCAUGAUCAUCCUGUUGUAUUGACUGUUGAGGAACAAGCAAAGUACGUUGGACAUCUAGAAGGUGGAUUAAGCAAAAAUUUGUUCUUAAAGGAUAAAAAGAGUAGGUAUUACGUUGUAAGCGCCUUGGCUGCUACCUAUGUAGAUUUGAAAGUUUUGUCCGUCCGGCUUGGGUUGGGGAAAGGAGGUUUACGAAUGGCUCCUGUGGGAGGUUUAGAAGAGAUACUUCAGGUGCCGCUGGGAUGUGUCACGCCGUUUGCAUUAGUGAAUGACUCUGCAAGAAAUGCCACACUAUUGCUGGAUCAAGGAUUUAAAACACAGAAGUGCUGCUAUUUCCACCCACUUUCAAACGAUGUCACAAUUUCACUUUCUACUGGUGAUCUUGACAAGUUUCUAAUUUCAAUUGGAAAAGAUCCAUCGUAUGUGGACUUUGAGGCUAACCCAAAAGUAGGAAAGGAUCAACCUCCUGAUCUUGCUUCUCUUGUAACAUCUGUCACGCCAAUCCUGAUUGAUCAGCCAGAAAAUACCGCAACUGCUAAACCUUCCACUUCAAACGAUGUUCCUACAGAGAAUAAGCCAAAAGUGACUGCAGGAAAAACUUCUAGUUCUAAGCAGUCGAAUAAUGUUCCAAAUGUGAAGGAAAAGUCAAAAAAUGCAGUCCAACCCUCAAUUAAUGGUGCCGAUGUUAGGAAAUUUGUAGAUGAAAUAAUAGAUAAAGCAUCUUCCUUGGUGCUCUCCGAGAUUAACGAAAAAUCAACUGAGCAACAAGGGGAGCAGCUUGCAUCAAGCGUAUCCAGUGCUUUAAGAAAGCGUUUGAGCUUGGAUUUGGAAAGCUUAGCGAUGAUGUUCAAGAACACAGCUGUCACACAAGGAUUUCUCAUGGGUACUCAAGCUCAGUCUGGUCGUAAUUGUCCUCCCUAGUUCAGUGGACUCAUAAAUUGCUUUUGAGUUACAGUUACAGUUGCUUAAAAAUCAAGUACAAUGAACUAAGUACAAUGAUUUAGACACUCUGAUACAGUUUUCCAAUGAGUAAUAGAUUCCUUAAACAA